UAGGUUCGAUCGAAGGAACAAUCAGGAUAUAUCGGAUUGGGCAAACAAACACCGUGCGUGGAUAGAAAUUUGGAAUCAAAGAGACACGUUAGUGCAAUCAGAGAAUAGACCUCACAAUCAGUCAGCAUAUCAGAAGUACCAAGUGUGGUAUGCGGAUCGUUACCGGUUAAAGCUGAAGCCUGGUUGGACUCAUGAGGAGUGGUCGGAGUUGGUGUCUGAAGACCCGGAGACUGCACAAGGUUAUCAAACCUUCAACAUGGCUGUGAGAGACACCAGAGGGGCUCACGUUGACUAUGCACCGAUGCAUGAUGAAAUGGGCAGAGAGUUGCUUCUGUGCGUCAACGAUGCCAAUGUUGCACUGAGUCAUCCACCUGGUGGUGCAUUAUCUGAGAGGACUCUUAGGAGCACGAUGGAGAAGUUCAAGAAGCGGUUUCAUAAGAUGGCAGCAAUGCUUUCUUGCCAUGGUGCUCAGUCCAGUGACGUGUAUGCACCUGGUAGCCGCGCCGCCACAGCUAAUAGACGGCGUUAUCUACAGAACGAUGAGGACAUGGAGGAGGAGUUCCAUGAAGAGGAGCCAUCACAUCAAGAGGAGCCAACACAUCAUGAGGAGCAUGAGUAUGAUGCAACACAUGAAGAGGAUCAUGAGUAUGAUGUUGAUGCUCCACAACCAUCACAGAUAACUGCAAAAAUGCUCUCUGGAUACCAGACGCCACGGACCUUGGUGUCUGGAUGUCCAUCAGACACAUCAGACAGGGUGUCUGGUCUCCUGCGCAAGCAAAAUGAUCCAGACGCCAGGGUCCCUGGCGUCUGGGUGUGGCAGGCAGACGCCACGGACCUUGGCGUCUGGAUGUCCAUCAGACACAUCAGACAGGGUGUCUGGUCUCCUGCGCGAGCAAAAUGA